CCGCUCCUUGGACCUCAUGGUGCCCCGGGGGGCUGCUCCAGCCGAGCCCCAGGUGCUCAGCCACAUCCACUACCACCACCACCAGCACCACCACUACAGGCGGGACGCCGAGUGUCCCCCUGGGCGAGCCGGCCAGGGGCCGGGGCCACGCAGAUCCCGCUACUCCGGGGCCAAGGUUGCUUUCCACGGUGGUCGUACACAAAAGAGGACUGAGAAAAGCCAUCACUCUCAGCAGCCUCUGGAAAGCGGUGCCGUGCUGCAGGAGGCAUCUCCAGCAGGACAGCCAGCCUGUCCCCAGGAAGGCUGGGACCCCCCUCACGCCCCCUCCACUUCUCCAAACAGGUUGGACGUCAGUGUAGAUGCCAACAGACAAUUGGGAGCAGCUGGCACACCCCCUGUCACGCUGGCCCCCAGACACAGCUUACAGAGCAGGCAUCACCGAAGGAAAAGAAAGUGUCCCCUGGUGCCCGACCCUGCUCUCCUGCCCAAGGACUCAGCCAAGCCCAGAGCCUGCGACACUCACCUCCCUCCCGGCCAUCCCUACCGCUGCUGUCCCGAAGCCCAGCCCCUGAUCCCAAGCGCUCCCAUGCCCGCCGGCUCCCGGCCGCUCUGGAAGUGUUUGGUGCCACAGCCCAGCUCCGAGCUGAGGAAGCAGGAGGAGGGGUUGUCAGGACAGGAGAAAAACCGCUCGGUUCCUGCAGAUUUCUCAGGGAUGGGCACCUCCAGACACGGUCUGAGUGUCCACCUUCACUGCCCAUCUCAGAAGGGUGGUCAGGGAUCUGAAGAGGAGGUUCAGGAUGUCCAUGAACACUCAGUUUAAUAAAACACUGGCCUGUUUGCUCGCUGGGAGCUGGAGUGGACACAGAUGUUGAUGGAGCUGCUCACAUCUGGCUCUGCCUAGCCUGCUCUGCUGAGACACGGACUGCCAAGAGCAACGGGCCGCUCGUGGUCUCCUGACACGUCCCCACACCCUGAUGGUCACAAUUAGAGCCCUGCUCUCCAGGCCCCAUCUCCUCUGAAGGCACAGGCAGCCCCUCAUCAUCCCAUGGCGUCGCUCCAGGCCGGGCAGGGCUCCCAGGGAGAGCUCACCGAGUGAGUGCAAGCUGCUAUUUUGGUGUGUUUAUGCCACAGAAGGUUUUGCUAAACACUGCAAAAAUAAACAAGCCUUCGAGACCAAAAGCUGCAGAAAUUACUUUCUGUGGCCUGGUAGCUCCUGACUUCAUUUCCUCACUUAGGUCAAAAGCCAGAUUUCUUCAAUUAACUUUUCCAUGCUUAUUUCAGACACAGGAACAAGCUAUUCUCCAUCUCACCGUUCACAGGGCUGCCCUGCAAGGUGCUGCUUCUGACUUCAGUGAAAAACCAAGAGCUCUCACCACUUUUGGUCACCCCAAAGUCCCUCAGCUGAUGCCAUCUCAGCCACUGGCUGUGUUUGCCAGCAACAGGAGAGGGGAAGACGCAGGGAAGUCAGCAUUUCUGGGAAUGAGCUGGGUCAGACUCUUUCCAUUGCAAAGAAUCCACCCUCUCAUCUGGCAAUGUGAACAAGUUUCUCACUCACCCUCUAACUCCUCCACCUACCCUCAAAUAGCUCUCAUGGCCAGCCCUGCUAAGAGCAUAUUUCAAACACAUCUCAGAUGUCCCUGUAACAGGAGUCAUGGAAAAUCCUGGAGUUCACAUGGCUCCUGCUUCUCUUUCCUCUCAUUGCCCCAAGACGCAGCAAAAAUUCCCAGCAAAAGCCUCCAUAACAAACGCAGAACAGAGCCUUCUCCAUCAGCCAGACUUACCUUCAUAUUCUGAGACGCCUGAAAUCCUUCAAAAGGAUUUUUCUAUCUUUUCCAACAUUCUGAUGAUUCAGGGAGAAAACUUGAGAAAUCAUCAAGCUCUGGUUUAUUACUUUUCUCCUCCCCCCACCAUUUAUGAGUAUUUUGGGUUUUUCUGAAUGUCACUAGUUCUUAUUUCCUGCAUCUCAUAAUUUGCAGACAUUCAAGCAAAAUAAAAGCUGCCAAAUUCAAAACAAAUAGAACCUAUGCAGCUUUCAAACAGCAGAAAAUUCCUGUCAAUUCCAUUGCCCUAAAUGAUCAGUCAGGCCAGAGAAUCAGCCAGAUUCAGCACAUUUCUGUGGCACCAACUGCUUCCAAGCACAAGGAGGCUUUGGUGAGGUUACAGCACUGGAGCUGAAGCUAACUCCAACAAUGUGAAACUUGAUUUAGGGACAGACUUUCCCAUCUGCUCAGUAAAGUUUCCUGUGUCUUCCUUUGAAGCAGCUGCUUCUCAAGAGACCACAGUGGUGAUGCAGUCCCAGUUCAGCAUAGUCCUCUGUCUUCCUUUGUUGGUGGGAAAGCUUUUUACAGGGUUUGCUGCCCUUAAUCCUCGAAAAAGGCAUCUUUGCUAAUGCUGCUAAUCAAUCCCUGAUAGUCAAGUGAUCAAUCAAUAGCACUGUUUUAAAGCCAACACUGGUCCCUUGUGCUCAUUCCUUGUCUCCUGUGACCAGGCCCCUGUGGGACCUUUCAGUCUAGGGAAGAGCUGAAUUUAUCAAAGAACCCAGCAGAGUUAGAUUUAGACCUUGCCAGGCUCUUGCUUGUCCUACAGUGCAAGCAGAAGACACAAGCUCAGAAGUUUUCUCCUGUGCAGGGAAGUCAGUCUUAAACUAGAGGAAAAAGCCAGGAGUGGGUCUGGCUUCACCCCGUUCAGCUUUUCGUGCUCCUGGUCCUUGUCUGAACCAGCUCCCUGGGUCCUUCACCAUCCUGGAGGGCUCAGAGGCUUAACAGAGGGGACGGUCAUGAAGUCAGGGUGCUCCUACUGCUUUUUUUAGGAUUCAGGAAGGCAGAGAGCCUCUAGGGAUGCAUUUCACUGCUCAAAUGAACAAGUGCAACUCUGAAGUCUUUUCUUUCCCUCCUUAUCCCUAACAAAAGAGGAGAUUCCUGAAUUUGUGAGCCACAAGCUUCUUUGGGAAAGCGGUCAGCAAAACAAACUCAUGCACCCUCUCCACUCCCAUCUGCAGUGUCACCAGGCUGCCAGGGCAGCACCUGCUUCCAAGUGUGUCCCUUUCCUGACCUCAGGCUGCUGCUCCUGUUCACGUGGAAAAUGCUGGAGUGCAGCUCUGCCUCAGUGGAGGCUCAGGGGAGGAGAGGGAGGAACUCUCUGGGAACUUGGGUUUGAAAGGAUCCUCUUCAGUAGAUCGAUGGCUGUCCUUGGCUGCCUGGAAAGGAAUCAGCAUCAGAAAAUAGGGAAUGGUUCCUCACAGUUCUUUACCUCUGGCUUCGGAGUGAUGCUUUUUGAGUGUUCAGUGCCUGUGGGCUCCACCAUGGAAUUUCUCCAGCAUCCCUGCAGUGAGACAGAGCUCAUUUUCCUUCUUUGCAUCCAAAGUCACAGCUGAAAACUGAUGCAGGCCAGAGCUUCCCAAGCUCCCUCUAUCCAAAGUGAAGGUCCAGCCCUUCCCAGGAGCUCCCACCACCUGAACUGGGCAUAUGGUCAGGCUGGCUGGAUGUCUCCCUUCCUGCACAAAUCCCUCAGAUCCUUUGGAAAUGUGAAUAUCUCUUCAUUUUGUUGUUGCUUUUUGUUUCCUUUGGUUUUCUUGCUGAGUCUGGCCUGGCUCUCAGGGCUUGGGAAGAAAUUAAGAC